AGAAUAAGAAGAAUCAUCUGGAAACGGAAAUACGAAAACAAGCUGUGUGGAAGACCAAAGCGGUUCGCAAUAUUUGUUCAAUCGUAGCACAUUUUCUACACAAAUUAUACAACCAUGGCUAUGCAAGCAGCUAAACGAGCUAAUAUUCGAUUACCACCUGAAGUCAACAGAAUACUCUACAUUAGAAAUCUACCAUACAAGAUCACAGCUGAAGAAAUGUACGACAUCUUUGGGAAAUAUGGACCAAUACGGCAGAUUCGAACUGGAAACACACCGGAAUCAAGAGGGACAGCUUACGUGGUUUACGAGGACAUCUUUGAUGCCAAGAACGCCUGCGAUCAUCUGUCUGGAUUCAACGUCUGUAACAGAUAUCUUGUAGUUUUAUACUACAAUGCAAACAGGGCGUUCCAGAAGAUGGACACCAAGAAGAAAGAGGAGCAGCUGAAGCUUCUGAAGGAGAAAUACGGCAUCAACACAGAUCCCCCAAAAUAGACUCACCUCUUUCCAUCUUCCCCAUUGUCCUUUGUUGGUACAGAAUGUGCAUUUUGACAUCUGUCACAAGUGAGAAAAAUAAUGUUGAUGUUUGUUGCAAAAUUUUGCAUGCAGGUAUUUUCUACUGAUUGCGGUCUGUUAGAUUUCAUUGCAUUUGGAAGGCUUGUUUGUCUUUUUACUUUGUUUGUUUCUGUGGUGCAUAUUGAACAUAUACCAUCUCUGAAAAAUCUUCAAAAAAAUGUAUGCAUCAAAUCUUUUCAUUCAAAUUCACUUUUAGAUUUCAGAUUCUGUCAGAUGUAUUUCUGUAAAAUUGUCCUUUUAUAAAAGCUGCUGGCCAUA